AUGCAUGGUCUUCUUGUCUAUUCAUUUUUCCUAUUUCUCACCUUUUCUGUACCAUUAUCUUUCCGCCAUUUCCGAUAUUUUCGGUGCAGGUCCCUUUGCGAUGAGCUGCCAACAACAGGCGCCCUACGUCAUGGCCUGCCGCCAUCCACCUCCUCGUCGGCUGGCGGUCAACUGACCGACUAUCUAAUCACUUCUCGACUUGGCCCAACAGCCUCCACUUGUGGAAGGGACGUCGAGGGGAGACCGAUCUUGGCCUUCGACAGAGAUUUGGCCACCGAAUCACCGUUGACUGAUACCACACAAGGGGCAAGCUCAUCUGGCCUUACAUGCCAACUAAAGUAUGCUGAGCUGGAGAUC